ACCACCAGAUGGCGACUUUGCACAAUGCAGAACUUUUUCCUCUUCCGCUCAGCGCCCGUUGGACUGCGUGACAACAAGUGUGCCAAAAACUGUUCACGUUUUCAAAACUUGUUUACUUUUUAGUGGAGAUAGUGCCACAACAUGACAAUCGCGUGAUUUUCGUGCGUUCAGUUGUGGAUUAUGUUUUUUUUUAAGUCAGGAAAAGGGUGGGAAAAAAAGACGGCGUGUGAUUGGUCCAAACGCUCCCCCGUGUUGCUGCAAAAAGUGUGACCACGUGACCUGGCUGUUUUCAACCCACUUCCACGCGUGCACUUAAAAGAGCGAACAAUGCGCGUUGGGGGGGAUUUAGUACACCCACGCAAGUGAACAGAAUUGAAAGGCACGUUUCGAUGCAUCGUAGGUGAGGAGGAGGAAGGAGAAGGAAGGAGGGAGGGAGGAGAGAGGAGAAGCAUGGCGGCAGCCGCGAGCAGCAGCAGCUCCUCGGCGGCCGCCGCCACGGCCACGCUUCUGCACGGCCACCGCAUCGGCAACUCGCAGGCUCGGAAACGCAUCGACUCGAGGCGGAGGCAGGCGGCGCUCUCCUUCCUCAGCAACAUCUCCCUGGAUGGGCGACCCGUGCAGGACGAGCGUCGGGUGGUGGACGAGGACGGGGACCCGGAAGCCCGGAGUAGCCUGGUGGAGCCAGCGGCCGCCGCCGCCGCCACCACCACCACCACCACGGCCGCCGUCUCCUCCUCGUCCUCCUCGGCUGCCGCUCUCGCCGCUGCAGCGACCGCCUUGGCCAACCAGGCUCUCCUGGCGAGCAGCCGGACCAGUUCGUUCGCCUCGGCCGCGGAGCCCGGGGAGGGCGACGCGUUUGCGCCGCCGUUCGCUGCCCCUCCGGCCCCGUUCGGCUCGCCUCUCUCGGCUCUCCCCGCCUCGGCCCGGGGCAGGCUGCAGACGUACACCCCUGGGGUCACGGCCGCGGUGUUCGCCAGGCAGGGACCCCAGAACUACUGCCUGGAGGGCGGACAGGUAGCCAACUCUGCGGUGGAGAUGCAGCGCUCCAGGCGCCGGCUCAUCUCUCAGCGCUCGUCGCUGGAAACGUUAGAGGACAUCGAGGAGAACGCGCCCCUCCGCAGGUGCAGAACCUUGUCAGGUUCCCCCCGCCCGAAGAGCUUCAAGAAGAUUCACUUCAUCAAGAACAUGCGUCAGCACGACAUGCGCAACGGAAGGAUAGUCCUAAUCAGUGGCAGAAGAUCCUUCUAUAGUGUAUUUUCAGUGCUGCCCUAUCGAGAUUGUAGCCAAGCGGGGGACGUGAAGACGGAGGCGGCGGGGCGCCAGCGGCACCCGUCGGGGGGAGUCAGCGCCAAGGAGAUGGUCGUCGGCCUCGAGGGCGUCGAACUCGGUGCUGACGGAAAGACGGUGUCGUACACGCAGUUCUUGUACCCCACCAACGCGCUGGGCGGGCGGAGGAACACCAUCGACUCCACGUCGUCCUUUUCGCAGUGCCGCAACGCCAGCCACCGCAGCCUCAGCCUCGCCCGCGCCAACAGCAACCAGAGCAGCCUGGACACCGGUAACGAGCAGAACGAAUUUCGCGAGUACGACCCCAAUCUCCUGGACGACCCCCAGUGGCCUUGCGGGAAACACAAGCGAGUGCUCAUCUUCCCGUCGUACAUGACGACGGUCAUCGAGUACGUGAAACCCUCCGACCUGAAGAAGGACAUGAACGAAACCUUCAAGGAGAAGUUCCCUCACAUCCGUCUCACGCUCAGCAAGAUCAGAAGCCUGAAGCGGGAGAUGAAGAAGCUGGCCCAGGACGAGUGCGGCUACGAGGAGCCCACCGUGGCCAUGGCCUUCGUCUACUUCGAGAAGCUGGUGCUGCAGGGCAAGCUCAACAAGCAGAACCGAAAACUCUGCACGGGGGCUUGCGUCCUGCUGGCGGCCAAGAUUGGCGGCGACCUCAAGAAGCACGAAGUCAAGCUCCUGAUUGACAAACUGGAAGAAAGGUUCCGCGUGAACCGGCGCGAGCUGAUCGCCUUCGAGUUCCCGGUGCUGGUGGCGCUGGAGUUCAACCUGCACCUCCCCGAACACGAGGUCAUGCCGCAUUACAGACGACUGCUGCAGACCUCCUAGCGUCCGCCGGCGGGCCGCCGCCGCCUGCCGAUUGACGUCCGUGCCGUCAACUUCUGUCCACGGUACUACUUGGUACCACUCUGCUGCAGAACUCUGUUUUCACCCCCCCCACCCCACCUGAGUAUUUUGUACAUUUUUGACUUUUUUUUUUUUAACUUUUCUUUUGUUGUGGGUGUGAAAUGAAGAUUUUUGCUCUUAUUUUUUUUUUUUUUAAUCAUCAGCCUGCUUUGCUCGUGGCUCAUCGGUGGUCUUAACAAGUGCACUUUUUUGGGGACUAUUACAAGACUUAUUUUGCAGCUCUGGACCUCGUUUUGUUCCAACCUUUUCUCGUAUCCGCGUUUGAACUCGUUUAUUUCUCUUUAAUUAGAUUGUGCUACGCCGAUCACUCUGACCAGACCAGUGUCUAAUUUUCUCGUGCUCUAUGUUAGAGUGUAUCGCUAGCACCUUUAAGGUGCUUUAUGGAUAAGCGUCACGUUGGUGGUUUUCGGGGGGUCGGGGGGGUACGCUAUGUGGUGACGGCGAUGGCGGAUAAAAACGCACUCUGAUCCAAUUUGGCGGGCAACUUUCACACGCGUCCUGUUGCGAUUGACGCAUCCGCCGGGUUUUGACUUUUAAUUUGUGAAAGUGGUGUCAGGACCAAGUGAUUUCUUUUUUUUUUUUUUUUUUUUCAACCAUUUUCAUGGCAGAUCCUCAACAAAAAGAAUCAGCGAGUGACAAGCGUCAUAUUUCUCAUUUUUGUCAACUGGAGAAAAAAAUACCUGCUUCUGCGUGGGGUUCGUUUGGCCAUUCAUCAAUGGGGGGGAAAAAAAAAAAAAACAUAAGUUCUAGAAUUCACCCGAAAUGGCCGCUUUACACCAAAAUGUCCAACUUUUGUUUUUCAUUGAUGGCAUGUGCCGUUGAGACUUUUUCACGUGUCCUGUUACAAUAAACAUGCACACUGAAUUCCAUUUUUUUUGGGUGAAACUGGUGCCAGGGGAUGUUUUAUUUUGUUAUUUUUCCUUUGCAGGGAGCCCUACAGUUUUGGAGAAAAGUUGAGAUCGCAACCUAAAAUGUUAAAAUCUUCACCAGGAUGCUUAAUACUGUCCGAAUGACUAUUUACUUUAUAUGGCAUGUUUAUGACUUUUGCCUUGUUGUAUUAUCGCGUUCAGCGUUUUUUUUAAACCACGCUGAUUGGUUUUGCUAAAUGGAUCUUGAAUGACCUGUUUUGGAUAUUUGAAAAAAGAAAAUGACACACUGAAAUGUCAUGAGGGAAGGGUUUGAAUUGUUCCUGGCGCGCCUCAAAGAGUUCAGGAGUUGACAAAAGGCAACAAUUAUUACUGCUUGAUUAUGAUUGUAAAUAAAUCAAUCUUGUCCAAACAACUGACUUUUUCCAUUACUGUAAUGUUGCUGACGUAUCAAUUACUUUUUCCACCCUUUGAGAGCUAGCUAGCUUGACAAGAACAUUUGUUUAGGGUACUGUCACAAUCAUAUUUAGAUGCUAACACAUACUAUGCUAACAUUUAGCAAAUGGUAUCAGGUGUGUUUUUUGAGGAUUUUAUGAUCUGCCCGUUCUG